GGCCGUACGUGUGCAUAUGGAAAACCAUCCAUUUAGCAUGAAUCGUUAAUUCGAACUGCUGUCGAGAGAAGAAAGUCGAGGUGAAAAGAAGUUUUAAGUCGAUAAACUGAGGGAAGGUAGUUUGAGAGAGUCACGCAGAGACGGGAGAAGGCAGUUUGAGAGAGUCACGCAGAGACGGGAGAAGGCAGUUUGAGAGAGUCACGCAGAGACGGGAGAAGGCAGUUUGAGAGAGUCACGCAGAGACGAGAGAAGGGCGUAUUGGCUCCGGUUUGGAGUGAGAAGGGCUUAUCUGUUUUGUAAAGAGAGAGAUCCUUCUCUCUCUAAGUGCAGGGCAAGAUGUCAUCAAGUAGUGGCCUCACCUUCAAGCUCCAUCCCCUAGUUAUUGUGAACAUAUCAGAUCACCACACUCGAAUCAAGGCUCAGCAGGUUUAUGGCCAUGGGAAUAAUGGUAACGGCUCCUCAUCGCUUCCUCCUCCUAGGGUUUUUGGCUGUGUCAUUGGGGUUCAGAGGGGCCGCACUGUGGAGAUAUUCAAUAGCUUCGAACUUCUCUACAAUCCCACUUCCGAAGCCCUAGAUCGAGCCUUCCUCGUAACCAAGCAGGAGCAAUAUAGGAAGGUUUUCCCAGAUUAUUAUAUACUUGGUUGGUAUUCCACUGGAAAUGAUGUUCAGCAAACCGAUAUGCAGAUCCACAAAGCUUUGAUGGAUAUAAACGAAAAUCCAGUUUAUGUCCUUCUGAAUCCUACCAUCAACCAUGCCCAGAAGGAUCUACCAGUAACCAUCUAUGAGAGUGAGUUACAUGUCAUAGAUGGUGUACCUCAGAUGAUCUUUGUAAAAUCAAACUACACGAUUGAGACUGUAGAGGCAGAACGCAUAUCAGUUGAUCAUGUGGCACAUUUAAAGCCCUCUGAUGGAGGCUCAGCUGCUACUCAAUUGGCUGCUCAUCUUACUGGCAUACACAGUGCGAUCAAAAUGCUCAACAGCAGAAUCAGGAUUCUCCACCAGUUUCUCCUGGCUAUGCAAAGAGGUGAAAUUCCACAUGAGAACUCAUUGUUGAGACAAGUUUCUAGCCUUCUGAGAAGAUUGCCUGCCAUCGAGUCAGAGAAAUUUCAAGAUGAUUUCUUGAUGGUGAGCCUUCCUGAACUAUGCUAAGCCCCUCCUCAGCUAU